CAAAAUGGCGGCGGCGGCACUGGGGAGGGCGAGGCGGAGGCGGCAAAACGGGCGGCCGAGCAGAACGUGUAGUCGCGUCCCCUCGAGUCCGCUCCGGGCAGCUGCUGACACAAGGAGUCCACAAGGCCCCUGUCCAGCCCUCUGCUGACCAGCCCAGUCACCUGUGCUGAGCCUUCCUGCAGGCUUCCUUCUGCCUCUGGGAUCCCAGGACGGGGAUCCAAUCGGCAAGAGAAGAAAACCCUCUCAUGCUAGCAUUGCAGACCCCAGAGGGUGAGAGAGAGAGAGAGGGGCCUCGUUCAGCCUUGAAACCCAUGGGCUCAGCCUCCAAGGCACCGGGAUUCCCUUCCCAGAGACCAAGGCGCUCACGGCCUUUCUCCCCUUGGUGAUUCCAGAGCUUUCCGUCUCCACGGCCCCUGUGCUGCAGACACGUCCCGUUGCCACCGUCGUUUUUGUCUGCCAGACUGUACCGACAAAAGUAGCCAUUCAUGUUCCCCUUUCCAAAUUAAGAACUGACAGCUAUAUCUGAGUGUAAAUAAAGUCACUGUCCCAACGCUUCCUAUGAUGUCAUCAACAGCCGAGCAGAACUGACCAGCGAGUGAUAACGUGACCUCACUGAGUUGAUAAAAGUUUCAGCAAGCAAAGAUAUUUGAUGUUUAAACUUGCCUUCGUAGUCUUUUUGUGGGUCCCGUGUGGGUGCUGAGAUGGCCAAUGAGAAUCACGGCAGCCCUCGGGAGGAGGCGUCCUUGCUGAGUCACUCCCCGAGCACCUCCAAUCAGAGCCAGCCCUGUUCUCCAAAGCCCGUUCGUCUGGCGCAGGACCUCCCAGAAGAGCUGGUGCACGCUGGCUGGGAGAAGUGCUGGAGCAGGAGGGAGAACCGGCCCUACUAUUUCAACCGCUUCACCAACCAGUCCCUGUGGGAGAUGCCCGUGCUGGGCCAGCAUGACGUGAUCUCGGACCCUUUGGGGCUGAAUGCAACCCCAUUACCCCAAGACACGAGCUUGGUGGAAACCCCCCCGGCUGAGAACAAGCCCCGAAAGCGGCAGCUCUCCGACGAGCAGCCCCGCGGCAAUGGCGUGAAGAAGCCCAAGAUCGAAAUCCCCGUGACACCCACGGGCCCAUCAGUGCCCAGCUCCCCCAGUGUUCCAGGAACUCCAACACUGAAGAUUUGGGGGGCAUCUCCUGAAGACAAACAGCAGGCAGCCCUCCUGCGGCCCACCGAGGUGUACUGGGACCUGGACAUCCAAACCAAUGCCGUCAUCAAGCACCGGGGGCCCUCGGAGGUGCUGCCCCCUCACCCCGAGGUGGAGCUGCUCCGCUCCCAGCUCAUCCUGAAGCUCCGGCAGCACUACCGGGAGCUGUGCCAGCAGAGAGAGGGCAUUGAACCUCCGCGGGAAUCCUUCAACCGCUGGCUGCUGGAGCGCAAGGUGGUGGACAAAGGCUCGGACCCCCUGCUGCCCAGCGACUGCGAGCCGCUUGUGUCGCCAUCCAUGUUUCGAGAAAUCAUGAAUGACAUUCCCAUCAGGCUAUCCCGGAUCAAGUUUCGGGAGGAAGCCAAGCGCCUGCUCUUCAAAUAUGCAGAGGCCGCCCGGAGGCUCAUUGAGUCCAGGAGUGCAUCCCCUGACAGCAGGAAGGUGGUCAAGUGGAACGUGGAGGACACCUUCAGCUGGCUGCGGAAGGACCACUCGGCCUCCAAGGAGGACUACAUGGACCGUCUGGAACACCUGCGGAGGCAGUGCGGCCCCCAUGUCUUGGCUGCGGCCAAGGACUCCGUGGAGGGCAUCUGCAGUAAGAUCUACCACAUCUCCCUGGAGUACGUCAGGCGGAUCCGUGAGAAGCACCUUGCUAUCCUCAAGGAGAACAGCAUCUCGGAGGUGGUGGAGGCCCCCGAGGUGGAGCCCCGCUUAGUGUACUGCUACCCGGUACGGCUGGCCGUGUCUGCGCCCCCCCUGCCCAACGUGGAGAUGCACAUGGAGAGCCACAUGGUCUGCCUGCGGUACAAGGGCGAGAUGGUCAAAGUCAGCCGCAACUACUUCAGCAAGCUGUGGCUCCUGUAUCGCUAUAGCUGCAUCGAUGACUCUGCCUUUGAGAGGUUCCUGCCCCGAGUCUGGUGUCUCCUCCGCCGGUACCAGAUGAUGUUUGGCGUGGGGCUUUACGAGGGGACAGGCCUGCAGGGUGCACUGCCCGUGCAAGUCUUCGAGGCCCUCCACCGGCUCUUUGGCGUCAGCUUUGAGUGCUUCGCUUCACCCCUCAACUGCUACUUCCGCCAGUACUGCUCUGCCUUCCUGGACACAGAUGGCUACUUCGGCUCCCGAGGGCCCUGCCUGGACUUCUCCCCACUGAGUGGCUCCUUUGAGGCCAACCCGCCCUUCUGUGAGGAGCUCAUGGAUGCCACAGUUUCUCAUUUUGAGAAACUGCUGGAGAGCUCCCCGGAGCCCCUGUCCUUCAUCGUGUACAUCCCCGAGUGGCGGGAACCCCCGACACCGGCGCUCACCCGCAUGGAGCAGAGUCGCUUCAAGCGCCACCAGCUGGUCCUGCCUGCUUUCGAGCAUGAGUACCGCAGUGGCUCCCAGCACGUCUGCAAGAAGGAGGAGAUGCAUUACAAGUCCGUCUACAACACGGUGGUGCUCUUCCUGCAGAACGAGCCUGGCUUUGCCAAGUGGGGGCCAACGCCCGAACGGCUCCAGGAGCUGAGUGCUGCGUACCGGCAGACCAGCCGUGGCCACGGCUCCAGCUCGUCAGCAUCGUCCUCGGAUGACAGGGACUCGAGCCGAGAGCAGGGCCCCAGCCGAGAGGCUCACCCCACUUAGCACACUGUGCAGGGAGGUGGGCCCAGGGCCUGACGGACUGCUGGGACUCGGGCUCCUAGGGGCUAAGCAGACCCCAGGACCCUCCCCCUGGGAGGCAGCAGGUCAGACUGCCAACGAACGUCAUAGGAAGAGAUGGCUCUGCCAGGGCUCCCCUCCCUGCCCCGUCCCCCAAUGCCACACCUUGAACUCACUCCAAGAUCCUGUAAAUAGGUCCAUGCCUCCCAUCCCGCCCCCAACCUUCCCACGGCUGACACCUUGUUCAUUUGUAAAAUGAAAUACAGAAACCCUCCCAAGAA